GAGCGUGUGUAUAUGGUGGGAGCGCAAUGACUUUCAGGCGCCUGAGGAAGCUGCAGCACAAGGAGGAAUAUGCAUGUCCCCCAGACCGAACGGUGUACAGAGACCGGGACAAGCUGGAUCCUUACAGCGCCCUCACCAGCUACAAGCAGGCUGACAUGUACAAGGCUCUGGCGGUGUCCGGGGGAACCCUGCCCAGGACUAAGAAGGGCUCUACAGCAGGAUGGAAGAAUGUCAGCCAGUCAUCAGAGUACCAAAGAAAAAUACUUACUUUGCAAAAAGAAGACUCUGAAUCCUUUGGAUUUGAAAUUCAGACAUAUGGACUGCACCACCAAGACAAGAAUGCAGUGGAAAUGUUUACCUUUGUAUGCCGGGUGCAGGAUGGAAGUCCCGCUCAGCUGUGUGGUCUCAAAGUUGGUGAUAUAAUUGCUGGAGUAAAUGGCCUCAACAUGGAUGGAGUCAGGCACAGAGAUAUUGUAGAGCUCAUCAAGGCUUCUGGAAACACAAUAAGGCUGGAGACUGUGUAUGGAUCUGCAAUCAGAAGGGCUGAGCUGGAGGCUCGAAUACAAUAUUUAAAGCAAACCUUGUAUGAGAAGUGGGAAGAAUACCGCUCGCUCAUGGUGCAAGAGCAGAGACUGCUGCACGGUAUAGUAGUGAAAGACCCAAGUGUGUAUGACACCCUUGAAUCUGUGAGAUCUUACAUCUAUGGAACAGUCAACACAUGCAGCAAAGAUCCUCUCACUGGGACUUUGGCCGCUGGAAGUAUGUGUAGCAGUGCAAGUUGCCUCAGCACUACUGAGGAAAAUGAGGAUGCAGUAUAUCAGACUUGCUACUUCAGCUCGGAUUCCACAGAUGAAAUAAACAGCCUUCCAGGCAAAAGUAACAACAAUGGAAAGCCUUAUAAGUCAACAUUGACACGAAGCUCCAGUGUAAAGUGCCCGGGUCCUGCUACAAACUGGGACAAACCAAAGGAACAAAAUAACUUUGUCUCUCUGCCCAGGAAAAAGCACAAAAGUUUUCGAAAAAGACUCCUAAAAUUUAUUCCUGGACUUAACCGAAAUUUAGAAGAGGAGGCCAGCCCUCUUUAAUGUCCCCCCUUUCUUUAUAUAAGAAGUUAAGUUAUUUAUUUAUUAUUCUAUUUCUGGAGAAAAGUGAAAGCUUUGUGUUGAAUUUUUUUGUUAAACUUAACUGUACAACUUUAUAGCUUCGGCAUUUGUUUUUCAUUAAAAUGUUUGGCAAAGCGAGAGGUGCCAAACUCCAGGUUUUUCUAUGAAAAA